UAUUGUAAAAUUUAUAGUAAAAACAUGGAGGCUCAGUGUAAAAUUCUCCAAACUACUAUCAGAAUAGACAGCCAUGAGAGUGCUUUCCGGCUUAAUUGAACUCCUGAGACACCGAAUAGAAAUCCUGAAAUGGUUAUUCCAAAGUUUAGCAACAUCGAACAAUGAACUAAUACAUUCAGAGAUACCAAAUUUGACGACUUUCUGAGCCAUAGCUCGCAAAAUGUAGAAAAUACUAAAAUUACACACACGAUCAAGAAAAUGAGGCAACUCAAAUUUCCAAUUAAUAUGACUAUUAAAAAGAAAUCUUCUCAAUUUCCCUCAAAAGAACUAAAAAUAAAGACCAGAAAUUAAAGCUAGCUCCAAAAAAAGACUGCCAGCACAUAACGAUGACUUAAAAUAACAUGUCCUUUCUAAACUCAAAGAUCAGAAGUGCUAUAAAUUCCCCACUAAAAAUCCCAAAUAACCCAACCCCAAACCCUCCAGUGUCUAAAAUCUAUACCUCUCAGACCCCUCUUCACCUCACUCUAAAAGAUUCUUCUAAGAGUCCAGACCGCAGCUUUGUGACGCAUAUAAAACCGUUGUAUUCACAGACGAAUUCUCCACUACUGAAGUCUUUCUUUAACUACCAUUAUAAAUAACCAGAAGGCAAAGAAGAUCAGGAAAGCUGCUAAGGGUUUGUUAGAAAAUGAGCCUAAGUUUGAUGAUAAGAUGGCUAAAAGGGAGAAUCAAAAGCAAAAUAUGUCAGCAAUUUGAGGAAGCUUUUCAAAACCGUCGUCUCCGAUUAAUAAUUUUCCAGGGGAUACUCAAGAAGAUCUUAAAAAUGGAAAUGAAAGUAUUAUGGUUAAAAACCCUGAAUGGAAGCCUAUUAAGGGUAGAAUGAUUAAUAUUAAAGCAAUAAAGAAAAUGCUUAACCAAAAUAGACUCAAAAAAAUCAUCCAGAAAGCCCAUUUUCAUAGGGGAAGGAGUAACAAAAGUGUUGAUAAACAACUCCAAAGCCAAUUUCAAUCAACCACAACUAAUUUUGAAGAAUCCUAUCCCAAAUUCCAAAAACUCCUCCAAACCGACUCUAAAAUAUCACCCAGAAGUAUCCUACCCGACCUCAAAUAAAUCUCCCAUUCUUCAA